AUGAACUCAGAUCGAUUUGAUAAAUUAGUGCAGGAAGAGAAGAGAAAGCUUGUUGUUGGGUGUUUCAUUUGGAACAAAGACAAGGAUAGUAACUUUGUUAAGUCCUAUCUUCAAUUAGAAAAAAAAUCCGAAUUUUCUAAUUGUGUUUUUGCCUUGAUUCCGAUCGAUACGUCACCAGAUUGUAUAAAGAAAUACAUUGUAUUCUUAUCACCUACUGUUAUAAUUUACUUAAAAGGCGAAGAAAAAGAUAGACAUUUUGGGGCAGAUUUUGACAAGCUUCUCAAGCUACUAAACAAGAACCAACCGAGUGAUUUCCAAGGAAAGGCUCAUACAAUUGAAGUAGAAGGCAAUGAUGAGGAUUAUUUACAAAAAAUGGUUCUUCAAGCACAGAAGAAUGCAACAAUGGUAAAAGCAGCUUCUACACCAGUUCGACCGGCUACAGUUGUUGAAGAAAAGAAGGAAAUACCCGCUCCUGUGCCUGUUAAAAGAAAAAUACCAAAAUUGGAUCCAAAAAGAAGAUCUGAUGUACGAGGAGACAUUAUAUUUUUAGAAAUGCUUCAAUCUGAAGAGAUGAUUGAUAAAUUACUUGACUAUCUAGAAAAAAUCGGAAAAAUUGAUCUCAAUAUUGACGAAAUUCAGCUUAUUUGUAAUGAAAUCAACUCUGGAGCGUUUGAAAUACCAGAUAAUGUCGAAGAGAAAGAUGAAAAACAGCAAGAAUCUCAAAAUCAAGAAUCAAACAUUUCAAAGCCGGAAUUACCUGCAAAGAAGAAGUUAAAUGGUAUACAAAGGCAAAUUGUCGAAUUCUUAUCAACUUUUGAAGUGGCAGAAGACGUUUCUUUCAGAAUUACAAAAGAUUAUCGUGAAUAUGACGAAAGUAAGAUCUUAGAAAGCUUAAACUUCUACCAGGAGUGCGAAUCUAAAAUAGCAGAAAAGAACAAGGAACUUUUGGAGUGUUUCUACUUACUUUCUGAUUAUAUUCCAAUUUCUGACUCGUUUAAUUAUAUAAAUGACGGUAAACUUGCUAAUUUACAGGCAGUUAAAGACUAUAUUAUAUCAUGUUCAUCAGAAAACAGCAAUUUGCCCCAAAUUCCUGGAAAUAUUAAAUCAUCUUUCAACCAACGAUCACCAGAAGAGAUAGAACGCGAGAAAUGGGAAGCAGAGCAAGCACUCAGAGAGGCAGAGCAGAAGCGCCGUGAAAGAGACGAACAAUUAAGGAGAUAUGCCGAAAUUAAAGCAAAAAUUCAGAACCAAAGGAAAACUACCAACUCCAUUUCUCAACCAACCACUUAUACCCCAACAGUUGCGCCAAAACCAGCUCCAAAACCAUCAGGAAACGGUUCAAAGUGCAAAGUCGCUUUACAUUUGGACGGAAAGGCUUUCACAUACUUAAUGUGGACAAACGAUACCGUUCAAGCACUUUUUGAGAAGCUGAAGAACGAUUACCCAGAUUCUGCCGGAAAAGAGAUUGUUAUCAUGCAUGCAGCGAAUGGAAAUGUCGUAGAGUACCAGAUAAGUGAUACACUUGGUCAAUUGGGAGUGUCUGGUUUGACUAAAUUUAAGAUCGAACUCAAGGAGCCUCAACCUGAAAUUUAA